AUGAGUGGGUCAGCAGCUAUGGGUUCUUAUAAGUCACGCCAAGAUCGCCCAGCCGACAGAGGAAGUAGUUCCAGUUCGACAGAUACAAGCAACUCAGUGCAUACAAAAAGUACCACCGGAACAAUCUUCAGCGACCGUACAGUAUCAGCAAAGUACCAAGAUUGGCAUGAUGAGUUUGAGCACGAUGACGAUGGUUAUGAUGAUGAACUGGAAGAUGAAGGUGGACCUCGUGAUUCGGUAUCAACAUAUGCAUCAACAACCCGCUCAGCUGCAGAAAUCCCACCUGAAGAACCAAAGUAUGGUGUAGAAGACCGCCAGGAAAACUUCCCAACAGAUGCACUGUCAUCGACUCCAUCCUCUUUCGCAACAUUAUUUCCUUCAACGCGGAGACUGCUUAUCAGACAUGACGAUGCGACUCUGGAUGGAAACAUGAAUCUGCGUGUUGAUACCGUCGUCCCACGUCGCGGUGGCUACCAGCAAGAUGUGAUUCUCUUUCAUCUGCGCAUGUAUGAUCUCUUCGCUCGCAAGUUCUCCUUCCGUCGCUAUUGUCGUGAUUCGGGUCGCGAGGUUUGUCAUUCAACACGGAAAGAAGCCCCGACAACUCAUACCGAUACCCCGGGACAACGUCGCCGCUCACUGAGCAGUGUCUUGGCUAGCUUCCGGCCGGGAUCAAGUGGACACUCUGCACCCUUUGGUGGAAGUUUCAAGCGACAUGAUUCAGGAUUUGAAGAUGAUAAGAAGCAUGGGCACCGUCGCUCUGGAAGUGAAGAAUCGGAAUCAACGCCAGAGAAGGGCCCAGCACUUGAGAAUACCAUCUUGAUGGAGUUUUCCAACUAUGCGCAUGUAGAGCUCAAGCGACGAGGUCCUGGUGCAACAAAACGAUAUGAAUACGAGUACUGGUCCACGAAGUACCAGUGGCGUCGUGAUUAUCACGAAAAAGGUGAUUUGCGUGAGGUAUCAUACUACCUUGUCGACACACGCACAUCCAAAACAAUCGCCCAUAUGGUACCAGAGAUUCUCACACCCCUGGAGGCGGUUGAAGAAGAAAGUAAAGGUGGAUGGGUACCCCCCCUGUUCACUUUGGAUCAGCGAUACUACAGUUUAUGA